AGUCAGACGAGGGGGCCAUAAACAGCGCAGAUAAGGAAGGUCCAGAAUGCUCUGUUUGAACACAUUACUUCACUCGUGUUUGGUUUUAAAGGAACUCGACUGGCUGGGCUUUUACAUAGGUUUCUGGUUGGGGAUUCAGAAGUGCAGGAGUACAGAAUACUGACGUGGAGACGGAACAGGACUUUUUUUUUAUUUUAAAGGCGCAUCAUGAUUUAUCGUGUGGACGUACGAUCCCUCAUCCAGCCCGUGGGCAUCUUGCGAAUAAUAGAGGCCUUCCUGUCUUGUUUAUGCUUCAGCCUGGUGGCGUCGGUGGGUCAUAAGUCAUCUCCCCACUGUCAACAAGACGAGCCAGGCUGCGUUGACAACUUCUGGGCGUGGUGCAUGUUCACUUGGUGCUUCUGCUGCUUCUUCACGCUCCUCAUCAUCAUCCUGGAGUUCACCACUCUCAGCUCUAAAGUGCCGUUCGCCUGGGAUGACUUUACCACUGCCUUCGCGAUGCUGGCGGGCCUCAUGUGCCUGUCGGCCGGCAUCAUCUACCCCAGCUUCUUCACCUGCUCCACUUGCCACAAGGAGAUCAUUGCCUCCGCCAUGUCCUCGGCUUGUUUCGGCGUGUACACGGCCGAAGCGUCCAUGACCCUCUUUCGUCCCAGGGGGCAAACCAUCGGCUUCCUCUCCACGCUGCCCGGUAUAAUGAAGAUGCUGGAGACCUUUAUGGCCUGCAUCAUCUUCAUGUCCCUGGAGACGAUGCACUACAACGACUACCCGGGGCUGAAGUGGUGUGUCUCAGUGUACUCUUUGUGUUUCAUCUUCUCCCUCGUCAUCAUCCUGCUCAGCCUCCUACCGCUGAACUCGUUUAUUCCGUUCUCCAUUGACAAGAUUGUCGUCGUCUAUAACAUCUUGGCAGCGCUGGCCUAUUUUACAGCCAUGGUUAUCUGGCCAGUGUACAACUUCAGUAGUUCCAGAACUUAUACAAAGGUCCGUCGUGAUAAGGCAAUAAUAGUCACCGUCAUGUCCAUCUUCAACUUUAUCGUUUACACCCUUGACUCCCUCUGUGCAGUACGGCUUGUAUUCAUCACCGGCAGAGCAGAGUGAGACGCCACUUUAACGAUCAUAUAAACUGUAUACUCUAUAAACUGAGCACAAAUCAUGUUUUGGUGUCAUUUUUUAAGUGUUUUUGCUUUUAUAUUGUUGUAUAUCAUCUGCCAACGCUAGCACAAUUAGCUACAGUAGCUACAGUUAAUGAUUACAGCUAUAAUAAAAAAAAAAGCCUGAAGAGACUAAAAGACUGAUCAAACAAACAAUAACACAGAGCUCCUCGUCUAGUUUAUUGCACUAGGUCAUAUUCAAACUAUGUGGCAAGAGAAUCUAGGUGUGUUUUCACAUUCAUGCAUUUGUUUGUUCAUUUGGGGUUACUGCAGCUUUGACGUUUUAUCUGAUACACUAGUUUAAAAGAACAAAAAGUCUGGCCCCCAGUCACAAAAUGUUGUUUUACGUUUUACAUUUGUAAGUGGCUUCAAAUGGAACUGAUGAGCUUGUGGUUACAACAUAUAGAGCUUCCCGUACGCAAACUUUUUGACAAUCAUUGUUUAAUUAUCUCUUUUCAAUACGUUAUCAAUUUCAAUACGUUUAGUUGCGAUUUAAAUAUGUUUUGUUGAAAUUCAAUCAUUUUUGUUGCAAUUACUUUUUGUUGCAAUUCAAUAUGUUUUGCUGCAAUUUAAUCAUUUUUGUUCCAAUUCAAUGACUUUUUGUUGCAUUUCAAUACUUUUUGUAUAUAUGCCAAUACUUCUAUAUUGUUUAUUCUAUUCAAGUUUUGCAUGUUUAUUUUUGUGUUUUAUAUUUAUGUUUCCACAGUCCAUUGUUUACUCUGUAUACUCUAUGUAUGCUGUUGCUAACCGCAAUUUUACCCAUUCAUUGUGGGACAAAUAAAGGUUUUCACAUUCUGA